AUGGAUAAGGCCUCCGCGUAUAAUCAUUCAACAAUCGAUAGUUCCAGAAACAAAAUAAAAUGAUGCAAGGCAUGUCUUUUAUAUCAAUUAAAAUGUCUGUAAUUUAUAGAAACGGAACGUAUCGUAUUUGUAAACAUGGCGAACAUAUUUUAUAAUUUCUUUAUCAAUUUGAAGUUUAUUAUCAGAUUUAUGAAUUUCUAGUGAAAAUACUUGUGUUAUGUUUUUCCAAAGCUGCUUAGGAUUCAUUUGUUGUUAAAACUUUAAUUUAUAAAGGUUAUUUUAUUUACAUAAUUUGCACAGGAAUAAACAAUAUGGAAAGUCAAUCGUCAAAACCAUUAACAAAGGAUGAAACCAAAGCUUUAUUAUUGUUAAUAGAAGAAAGUAACAUAAUAAUAAGGAAUAAAAAAAUGAACGCAGCCACUAACCAAAUGAAAGUACAAGAAUGGAUCCGUAUAGCUCAAAAAUUUAACAACACAAUAUCAACACGUGAACGUACGCCGAGACAAUUGCGUUUAAAAUGGGAGAAUUUAAAAAAAUCAGUCAGAAAAAGGAAUGCAACUAUACAAAUGAAUAGUAUGACCGGUGGAAUACCUGAAUAUAUUCGACCUGACGAAGUUCUAGAUAGAGUAUCUUCUAUGUUGAAUUGCACCAUAAAUGAUUAUUCUGAUAAAUUCCGUGGUGAUUCAGAAUUAAACAAUGAUGCAUGUUCAAGUCCAGAUUACUAUUUCAAACAUCAUACUAUAUACCUUUAGAAAAUAUUGAAGUUGUAAACAGUGUUAUGUCAGAUGAUACAAAUGAAAGUGGGAAAGAAAGGAUUCCAAAUACUCCACAAACUGAAGGUUUUAAAAGGAAAUAUAAAAUAGAGGAGAGUAGAGCAGCAAGAGAUAGAGCUAUAGAAAAAUAUUUUGAAACAAAAAGGAAA